UAUUCCCUUUCCACAACCAACCCCCUCUGCUCUCCGGUCCUCUCAGCAAUGGAGAGUGUAGUAGUAUUGUAUCCAUCGCCAGGGAUGGGUCACCUGGUCUCAAUGGUGGAGCUUGGAAAGCUUAUAUUGAAACACCAUCCUUCAUUCUCCAUCAUCAUCUUCAUCGUAACCCCACCUUACAACACUGGCUCUACCGCUCCUUACAUCGCCCGCGUCUCCUCUUCCACUCCUUCCAUCACCUUCCAUCACCUUCCACCACCUCCCCACCAUCUCUCUCCUCUCGAUUCUUUCUCCUCGCCCAACCAUGAAACCCUUACUUUCGAGCUCCUCCGCCUCAACAACCAUAACGUCCACCAGGCCCUUGUGUCCAUCUCCAACAAUUCCACUGUCAGUGCCCUUAUCAUCGACUUCUUCUGCACUUCUGCUCUUUCCGUCGCUAAUGAACUCAGCAUCCCAUGCUAUUAUUUCUUCACCUCCGGUGCUAAUUGCCUGGCUUGCUUUGCUUAUUUGCACACUAUUCACCAGAAUACCUCCAAAAGCUUCAAAGAACUCAACACCCACAUUCAUAUCCCAGGUCUACCGCCGAUACCAGCCUCUGACAUGGCGAAACCAAUACUUGACAGAACAGAUAAGGCCUAUGAGUUCUUCCUAGACAUGUCCUUCCACUUGCCCAAAUCAGCUGGAAUCAUUGUGAACACAUUUGAAGUGCUGGAAGCCAGAGCCUUGAAAGCGAUUUCGGAUGGACUUUGUGACCCACAGAGUCCAACCCCACCGAUUUUCUGUAUUGGACCAUUGAUCGCAGCUGAUGAUCGUCUCGGCGGUGACAUGCCCGAGUGUCUGACAUGGCUCGACUCACAGCCGAAGCGCAGUGUCUUGUUCCUGUGUUUUGGUAGCCUAGGCGUAUUCUCAGCAGAACAGUUGAAGGAAAUAGCGAUUGGGUUGGAGAGGAGUGGGCAGAGGUUCUUGUGGGUGGUCCGCAGUCCACCAAACGAGGACCAAAGCAAGCGCUUCUUAGCACCACCAGACCCAGAUUUGGAUUUGCUCCUCCCAGACGGGUUCUUGGAUCGAACCAAGGACAGGAGCCUAGUGGUGAAGUCAUGGGCACCUCAAGUGGCAGUUUUGAAUCAUGAAUCAGUAGGCGGGUUUGUAACUCACUGUGGGUGGAACUCUUUGCUUGAAGCCUUAUGUGCGGGCGUACCAAUGGUAGCGUGGCCGCUAUAUGCCGAGGAAAGAUUCAAUAGGGUCAUACUAGUUGAGGAGAUGAAGCUAGCGUUGCCAAUGGAAGAGUUGGAAGAUGGGUUUGUGAAGGCAAGCGAGAUUGAGAAGCAAGCUAGACAGCUGAUGGAAUCAGAGGAAGGAAAGUCGAUUAGGAAUCAGAUCAUGGUAAUGAAAGAAGCUGCUGAGGCUGCAAUGAGCGAUGGUGGAUCAUCUCGCGUUGCAUUAAUGAAAUUGGUCCAAUCGUGGAACUGAAGACAAGAUGAUUCUUAUUCUUAUUUUAUCCCAUUUAUUUAUGCCCAUAGAUGUCAUCAUUCAUGUUCAACGGUCGGGAAUUUUUUUUUCUUUUCUUCCUGUCAAUCUUGGCAUUAGUAGAUCGAAGCUACGUGAAGGUCUCGCAGGAUCAUUAAUAGGCUGCCUGUCUCCAUACUUGUUUGGUCCUUACCAUUUUAGUCGUCUAUAGAAUUUAUUGAGUUA